UUGGCUAUAAUGUUUUUAUUUAUAUUGAAAAUAUUAUUUUUACUCGCCAUUGCGUCGGCUAGCAAAUCUGUGCAAGAUGAUGUACUUCCCGAGCUGAAAUGGUCGAAACAAUACUCCUUAGAAGCUAAAAAAAUCUCGCUCACUUCCGGUUUAGUUGAAGACAUAACUUACUGGCGUACUAGCAGCAAAUCUAGAGUUGAUUACAAUAAGGGUGCAAUAAAAUUAAUUUCUGUAAAAAGGAGAAAGAAGAACUUCGGUCUCAAAUACGAGAUACACCCAGAAACUACAGAAGAGUACACUAAUAAGUUUAUUUGCAUAAAAACCAAAGGUUCAGUAAACAAUCCUAUCGAGUUAAAUGACAUCCUGCCAUCGACUAGUGCCUUCGUACAUGCUGGCAAGGACAUUCUUGAAAAGGGAGAAGUAGAAAAGUUUGUUUACUUAGAUGAAGGUUUAAAUACGAAAACAAAAAAAUAUAUCUGGGCGUUCUUAGAUCGAAAUAGUUCAUCAUGGAUACCGGUGAAGCUUGAAGAAAUCGAAUAUAAUUCAUGGUUGGGUAAAUUGAAGACUCAUAAUGAAUGGAACUAUUUUAAUUAUAAAUCCGAAGUAAACUCAAGUGUCUUCAAUAUUGAUCAGUAUAAUUGCACUGAUUCUGAUGACUCUGAAAACACAUUAAUUGAUGUCAAUAAUAAAUUACAUGUGGAUCGAGUUUUUACAAAGUUUCAAGAAAAGCAAAACAGAAAAUAUAAAGACGAAAACGAGCAUGAAUUGCGAAGGAAGAUUUUCGAAAAGAACUUAAGAUUGAUCCAAGAACAUAAUAGUAAAGACAGCACUUUCACCCUCGGUGUUAAUAAACUUGCUGAUCAAACUCCAGAAGAAAUGGAAAGGAGAAAAGGUCUUCAACGACGAAAAGAAGGAGAGACUGGCAAUGUUCCAUUUCCAUACACAAAAUCGAGUAUAUCAGAAAUAUCUCAGACUUUACCUAAGGAAUUUGAUUUAAGACUUUUAGGUGUAAUAUCACCAGUCAAAGAUCAGGAAGACUGUGGUUGCUGCUGGACGAUGGGUACAACAAGUGCUGUGGAAGGUGCUUUAGCUAGAAACAAUGGUGGUCGGCUUCUAAGACUUGCUAAUCAGGCUCUUAUUGAUUGCGCUUGGGGAUUCUCUGUCGAUGGAUGCAACGGUGGCACUGAUACGGGUGCUUAUCACUGGAUGAUGAAAUACGGAUUACCCACAGAAGAGGAAUAUGGCCCUUAUAAUAACAAAGAUGGUUUCUGUCGCAUCCAUAAUAUGACGAAAACGUUUCCGAUCAAAGGAUUUACUGAUGUUACUCCAUUCAGUACUGAAGCUCUGAAGAUAGCUCUUAUCAAUCAUGGACCAUUAUCUGUUUCCAUUCAUGCCACGGAUACGUUAACAUCAUAUACCAGUGGAAUCUUCUAUGAUCCUAAUUGUGAUCCAUCAAAAUCAGCUUUAAAUCACGAGGUAACUUUAGUGGGAUACGGGGAGUAUGAAGGUGAUACCUUUUGGAUCGUGAAGAACUCAUGGGGUAAGAGCUGGGGCAUAGAUGGCUACCUCCACAUUUCUACCCGUGACAAUAGUUGUGGUAUUACCACGGAACCCACUUACGUUGUUUUCUAAUAUGAACGACACAAAAUAUUAAAAAAAAUACUGGCCGUUACUGACUAUGACUAAAAUGUUUAUUUUAAAACACAAUUAAGAAAUGAAAAUUCCAAUGUUUAAAAGUUUGCGAAACUGUGAAUAUAUUGAUUGACUUUUUAUUUUUUUUAGUAGCAUAAGAUUGCACUUGUAAUUAGUAUAUUGGUUUUUAUUUACGCUUGUAAUAAAAU